AUUAUUGAGAUUUCUUCGUGGCAAAUUCAGAUUCAAACCCUCCAAUUUUCCGAUCCCAAUUCUAUCAAUUUCUCUCUCCCUCCUCCAAUUUUCCGAUUUCAUCAGUUUUUUUUUUAAUCUUUCUCUGAUGGCUCGUAGAUCGUUGAGAUUCGUGACAGUGUGUUUGGUGCUAUUGGCGAUCCAAUCAUCGUCGACGGCUCUGAUUUCAACCCCGGAUCUCAAUGCUCCCUACCCAAAAGCCUUCUCUGAUUUGAAGGAAGCGAUUGUAAAGGGAUUAGGGUUUCAAGCAGAGGACUUCAAAAUUUCUGGGUUUGAUUUGAGAGAUGCCUUGGUUGGUCAGUCAGUGGCCUAUGAGUUUGAUGUUGAAAUUGAUAAUAAGGUUAUUCCAUUUAAGCUUUUGGAGGAUGUGAAUCGAUGGGAAUAUGUGGAUUUGCCUAUAUUCCGAGAGGAUAAUUUAAAGAGGCCUGGUGAGGAGAAUGGUUUGGUGGAGAGGCAGAAAAUUGAAAAUGGGCUGCCAGUUUUGGCUCCAUUUCAGCUGGCAGGUCCGAUGGAGUUGUGGAUACAGGAUGCCAAAGACAUGAGGCUUUCAUUGCCACAUGAUGUGGAUGCCGGUGAACUGAAAAAGGUGAUCUUAGCAGACGGUGCUGUGGUUACAGUAAAAGGAGCCAGAUCAGUUAGCUUGCGCCACCCAAUUGACUUCCCACUUCCCCUAAAUCGAACCCACAAUGGUUUCGCAGCAGGUCUUCUACAUCUGGCUGAACAUCUACGCCACACAUCCCUCACUCAAGACGCCCAACUUCUCUCCCUCCGCAUUGUGGGCCCUACCUCACUCACUUCCCCUACCUCAACAUCACCCCUCUCCAAAAACAAGCUCAAGCUCAAGCGCCUUGCCCCAGGCCUUGUGGAGCUCUCCUUACCAUCAAAGGCCAAAUCCAUCGAAGCCAUGUCUGCCAUUGAUCUCCAAGGAGAAGCUACUACCCUUCUGACUCCCGAUCAGUUCACUACGCUCUGGCCUCUGACUUCGAUCAAUGGCUCUAACUCUAAUUUGCUUGGUUUUGAGGCACUGCUAUCUUCAGUGCUUGGCUCAAAGGCUAACGAGGAAGGUUCAUUCAAGUUGUUGAAGGCGGAUGUAUCAGCUCGGACUUUUGUGAAGAUAGGUUUUGGAGUGGAGAAGAAGUUGAAAGAAGGGGAUAAGGGAUUUGGUUUGGAGGGUUUUCCCGAGUGGAGGACAAAGCCUGAGACCAUGAGAAUGCAUUUUGAGGUAUUGGCUAAGGUCGAGGGAGACAAGGUUGUGCCGGAGAGGGUGACGCAGGUUAAUCCCAUUGUGGUAGAGGAUACUGUAGCACCAAACGUGCUUUUGGGGAACAUGACCAUGUCGACAACCCCUAUUGUUCACCCUCCUCCCGACCCCUUCACCUUGUAAAUCUGUUGUGGAGGGUUUAGUUUUGUACCGAGUCAAGAAAAGUGUAAAGAUGGAAUUUUUUUAUUUAAAAAUUUUAGCUAAUAAUAUGAUAUAUCAGUUUCUGAGAGGUCGAAUACUGUAAAAAGUUGUGAAAUGAAGACAUUGAAGGCUUUAUUUAUUUAGCCUAUAUACUUUGAGUACAUAUCGAGAUAAAGAAAAAUAUAUUAUCAUA